AUGUUGAGAUCAGAAAUGAUCAGAAACAAUUUGUUGGACAUUGUUGGACUAAAGCUGCAGCAGGACGCCAUUGAGAUCGACUCUUUGACGGUUUCCUGCCGGAACUGCGCCCGGGGCGUGACUUUCAACGCCACGAAGGACGGAACUCUCAACGCCGUGAGCUCUGAACACCUUCGGUGCCCCAAGACCGUCACCGCGUCGAAAGGCUUGACCCAACGUUGCAAGUGCUCCAACUACCAGAUUGCAAGCGAGCGCUUCCGCGAUGUCGAUAUGGUGCCCUUGGAAAGCAUUUUCCAGACGUGCACGUUCUGCAAGCCACACUUCCACUUUCAGAAUGACGAUUGUCAGAAAUGUGGAAUCUUCAAUGCCUGGUCUGACGGGAGGAAGGAUGUUUGCCAUGUUCUGCCACGCAAGAAGACAGAGCUUAUCACACUCUUGACUGGUGGUGCCGUCGUGGUCAUUUUGACCUUCCUUGCGUUCGAGAUUUUGCAUGCUCCUCUUAUGAUCGUUGAUGCGAAAUCAGAUUUGGCAGAUCCAACACAAGCUGAAAGCAAGAGAACUUUCACGCUUGCAGUGCAAGGGCCUCUUGUUGAUCUUCACAAAAGCUUGUCUCGAUUGGUGAACCAGCGGGUGCGUUAUCGGGCGAGGGGCACGGGGUUGAUAUGGUUGGACUACGAUCAGAAGAAGUCCAACGCAAUCAAAGUUCGCAAUACCGCACGCAGAAAGCUGUUGCUUCAAGACACAAAUCCACCGUUUGAUUGUGCUUCGUGCAAGGGUUCUUUGCACGCCACUGAUUUUGUUUACCUGCUCGGCCUGCUCACUGUAUGCAUAUUAGUUGUUGCAUUGCUGCCUGGCAUCAUCAAGGUGGCAGUCACGUCCGGAAACGGUGUGGGGCAUGUUUUCGCUACUGCAAUUUACGUGACCCUUCCUUUGGUUGCUGUUGCUGCACUUCUGCAUUUUCCAGUCGCAUGGCUGGUCCAAUGGCUAUAUCGUAGAACGUCAUUUUCGGAGGCUUUGGAUGAGUACAGGAAGCAGAUCAACUGCAAGCCAUUCACGGGGCCUGACGCAAGCCAUCCUCGUAAUCAGGGCUUGCAGGUUCUGACUUUGCGCGGCUUGUGGAAGCACUUCGAGAGCUUUAUUCUGGAGCGCAAUAUGCACUUUGUGGUUGCCAACAUAGUAACGCCACUGACGCAAAGCAAGGGAGUUUCCUUUGUAACUCUUUGGGGUGGCAGGCGGGUGGAUUAUUUUGUGUCCCAUUCCUGGGGCACCAGCUUUCCGCACUUUGUGCAGUCUAUCCAGUGCCAUGCUCUGUCCAAAGAGGGUCCCACUUCUUGGAUCGAUGCAGCAUAUUGGAUCUGUUCGUUUGCAAACAACCAGUGGAACAUUGGAGCCGACUUGGGAAAUGAUCCCAUGGAGAGCGCCUUUGCACGGACCUUGACUGCGGGAAUCAAAGGAGUUGCAAUGGUAUUGGAUCAGGAAGUGCAACCUCUCACGAGAGUUUGGUGUCUGUUCGAAUUUCUCCUGUCCAGCCGUCAGCACUUGGAAUUGGUUUUUGUCACCAGUGCCGGCGUUGUGGGUGACGAUGGCUGCAGCUCCUUUGACAUUGCAUUGGAGGUGGGCAAUAAGAUAGAGUCUCUGCAAGUUGCCAACUGUGGGGCAUCUUCCGAGAAGGACAAGAAAGACAUCUUCGACUACAUCAUCUCCGAGUUGGGGAGUCUUGAGCGAAUGGAUGAGCAAAUUCGAGAGCUCAUGGGUGACAUGCUGGUGAGAAAUCUGGCCAAUGUGGAACAGGCAACGGAUGGCCUUUUACACCGUUUGGGUCGUGCCUCGUCCACCAGAGGUGACCCACGUGAGCAGCUAGCAACGAACAAGAAUUUGUACGCGACAAUCAUCCCAAAGAUUGUGCCGCUGGUUGCUCAACGGGUUCUGCAAGUUUUCGACGAUGAUCCUUCUGGUCUGCGCUGGCCGGCCACCAGGCAGGAAUACGUGCGAACCCAGCAUGACAAUUUGCAGAAAGCACAGAAGAAUAGCAGCCGACGGGCAGCAAUGCAAAAGCGGAAGGUGGUGCAGUACUUGAGCAAGUACAUCAAGGGCUUGAAUGCAGAUCAAGUUUCCUCCCGCCUCUUUUCCGGUGAAGUGGAACUGCGGGAUGCGGAAUUCGAAGUGGAUCCCUUGCGGAAGUUGCUGCUAGGGACGUUGCCGUUCACUUGGGAGGUCCUGGCGAUUUCCUGCGAUCGGCUGCAGGUCCAGGUACCUUGGAGUGCCCUGCGGAGCCGUGCGGUGCAGGUGAAGGUGGGGAAGCUGCGAGUGCAGGUGGCGGUCCACAGCUGCACCGACCCAGCUUGGGCGGAGUCUCUGGCGACCAGCACGGCCGUUGCCAAUGCGCAAAAACCACAGGAGAAACGAGAAGAUGAAGAGCAGAAGAGUUUCAGGCUCUCAGACGUGAAAGUGGGAGUCAUUGACAAUUUCUGCAUCUCUGUGGCUUCAUUGCAUGUGCUUUGUGCACAUGCUGCCAGUAGUGUUUCGCAGCCGUUGUUCGCGUUUGAGUUCGAAUUGGCGGGACUUUCCUUGCAGCCUAUCCCCUUUGGCAAAGUUUCGUCUGGUGAGAAGGCCCGACGUUUGCGCCGCGGCAAUUGGACCUCCUUAAAGCGCCGCUUGGAAGUACAGAAGCUGCGACUAGCUGCAGCGAAUCUCACGGACAAAGACACCAAGGAUGCCUUACUGGAGAUGCAGAGCUUCAGCCUGGACUUGGUGGAAGGCCGAGAUAUCGGUCGGCGACUGGAUCAUCACAAUCCUUCAGCUCGUAUGGCCAUGUUCCCCAGGCAGAUUCGUAUGAACCUCAAUCUGCCGGAAGUUCGUUCACAUCUUCACAGCUCAGAGAUUCUUGGGCUCAUUGACUUGCUGGCUGAUGCGAUUCAACCCACAAGUCCACCUCCGGAAGUGUUGCGAGAAGAAGUCCAAGAAGAGAUGAAAUUGGCUGUGGCACAGUUCCUUGCAACACGUUCGAAGGGUCGAAGCUUCAGCAUUUUCCGCGGUACCAAAAAGACCAGCAGGGCAAGCAAGUCAUCGCAAAAAUCGGUGCCCAAACCGGUGGGAAAUAUUUCGGAUAUGGCUGCGGAGAUGGCAGAUGUGAUGGCAAACAAAGCCAUGAAGGCAGGUGCUGUUGCCGAUGCCGCCAGCGCCGCCGCCGCCGACACGGCGCGGCGCACCGCCGUGGCGGGCGCCCAGGCAGCGCAGAAGGCGGCGCAGGGCGCCAGCCACGCGGCGCAGAAGGCGUCGCACGUGCUGGGCGAUGCACGGCGCAGUGGCCAGGCGGCAGCGGAGAAGGCGCUGGGCAGCUUGAUGCGCGCGGGGGGAUUGGCCAAAAAACCCAAGGAGGCUGUUCUCAGAGAUGCUGCCAGGGAGGAGGAGGAACUGCAGGCUGUUUUGGCCUUGUCGUUGAAGGAAUUUGAGGCCCAACAUGCCAAAUCUGUGGAGGAAUCGCCGGCGGCCAAGCAAGAAUCGUCACCAGGGGGUCAAGCGUCUGCCUGUCAGGAGGAUCCAGAUGACCAGUUCGAGGAUUUCGCUGGAAGUUUAUUGGGUUCCUCCGGCUCCGAGUCGGAUGAUCGGCAGUCUGUGGAAGACUUGGAAGACGAGCCAAUGGUGGUUGAAGAGGUCCCUUCCAGCCAUCAGCCUGAUAGCUCCCUCAGUUUUCUGGAGAAUCCACCCCAACCUCCCAUGGGUUUGAGGAUGGUGAGCCUCCAUGCUGCCAUCAGCAAGUUGACAGUGGUUUUGCCAGUGCCUGGCGACUCCACAGAAUUUUCUUUGGAAGUUAGCAAUCUGAACUUCUCGGGUGACACCUAUUUAUACCUUUUUCUGUCAGAGAUAAAAUGUCUCCGUCGCUUGGCCGUUCUGAAGGAUGGAGAUCUGCAUCAUCCUGGCGCAUUUUCUUCCCAUGCCAGCAGUGGUGCCUUGACCAUCUGCUCUGCCGCAGUGAGUUUUGGUGAAGAUCAACUGCUGUCAGUUCAGCAUUUGCCGAAAGCAACGCCCUGGAUGUUGACUUUGAAGGUCUCAACAACGCUGCUGAAGCAGCCGACCAUGGCAUCACCGAAGGUGGAACUGACCCUGGAUGGCUGCCUUCAUGGCUUGAGGUUGAUGCCCAACAUGACAGCCGUGAAGGCGUGGGAGACCUGUUCCCUGGCCCUGCAGGCAAUUUUGAACGCCAUUUCCACAUUUGGCACAUCUGGCAAUGGCCCAAAGUCAGCUGCAUCAGCUGAGGUCUCACCCAAAUCAGCAGAUUCAGCUGCAUCAGCCUGGUGUGUGGCCAAUUUUCAGCUCUGGAAUACCCUGGUGGAUUUGAAACACCUCUCUCCAGCACCGUUGAGGUCCCUACAACUGGUGCUUCCGCAGCUCGCUUUCAAGGCCACAGAUGGGUUGCUGGGUUUCACUCCACCGGUGCCCCAGUGGCACGUGCUGCCGCCGGCCGCCGAGGGGCCUGAGCCGGACUUCUAUUUGUACGACUGUUGCUGCCAGCCCCCAGGGGUGGAGGUGGAGGCAGAUUCCAAAUACGCCAAGAGUUUCGAUGGCACCUGGGAGGUGCUGGUCACGGAACGCGAGUGGCGCGAAGCGCCCCGUGGAGGUCGAAGCGCGCAACGCUUGCUGCUGGCGCCUGGGGAGAUGUUGGAACUGUCUAGAUCCAAACUGAAAGUCUUGGAAGGCGCACAGCGCUUAGAAGACCUGGCAGAACGACAACAUCUGGAAAGCUGUCGUAGGAUUGAGAAGGAUGCUGCUGAACUUCUCCCUCAGGUGCGUGAGAAGAUGGAGGAUCUGCCUUCCUUGGAGGCUCAGCUCGAAGCCUUGCGGGUGGAACUCAGAGAACUGGAUGAAAAGAGGCGAGAGGAGGAACUGCGACUGAAGGCCUUUGAGAAGGAGAUGGGCCUGGAAGUGGCCCAGUUUCGCUCCGAGAAGAUGCUGCGUGCUUCGCAGCUGUCACGACAGCUGUCGGAGGAGGAGAUGAUCACCAGCAGCCUGACGCAGCUGGUGCAGCAGCAGGCGGAAGUCCUAAAGAAUUUGGAGGAAAAUGGAUAGCAACAUAUGGCAAAAUGCUAUAGAACUUGGAUAUGGACAUUUUUGCUGGAACUUGGAUGAAAUUGAGAAUUUGGUUCGGAUGAAGCUGGACUUUGGAUGGAAGUUGGCCAUGAAGUUGGAUUGGUUUGACAUAAAUUUCGGUUCAUGCGGCUUUCAAGACACGUGGAGAGACGUUCUGGAAGAGGAUUGGCUGGUGAUGAUGCUCCACUUGCUGAUCAGAACAGCCUUGGGCCACAGCCUUUGGAUUACCAACAUCAGCAUUCGCAAUGAACACGUUGUUCAAGCGAUAGCUGUGGAGUCCACCUGAAGCCUAGCAACUGGUUUGACACGUUCGUGGAUGGGCAAAGUCGGAUUGGUUCCAAGUCAAAUGGACUAAUCUUGGAGAAUGAAGAGAAUCAUAACUGCAACCCACGAUUCAACACGACUUCCUCUGAGAAGUGGAUCCUUGCCAGAUCGAGUCUCAUCGCAGCUUCCGCUGUGAAGUGGCGGCAUAGACAGGGUUUGCCUGUCUAUUGGGCAGUGGAUUGUGUGGCCAAAUAUGCCAAAAUCCUUGAAGUUUGAUCCAACGGCCUACACAGCUGUGAAGAGCUGCAAAACCUGGAUUCAUGGUGGCAG